UGUGUUAACGUGUUUUGGGGAUCACUGCGUUAAAAUAAAAUAAAAAUAUAAUAUUUAUGCAUAUGAAGUUCUCUUCAAUUAAAAUACAAACAUUAUAAUAAAUAUUUCAUUAUAAUAUUAAAGCAAACGAACACGAAUGUGGAUUACGCGUCGCAAAGGAAGAAUUGGAAAUAGGUUUGCAAUUCGAAUUCUACAUAUGCCUGUGAAAAGAAUUCAAAACGCAGAAAAAUCGAAGCAAACAGCAAGAAAGCAGCUUUAAAACGCAGUGCACACCAAUUCGGAAAUGAAGUGAAAAUAAAAAGAAGCGAAGCAAAUAAAUAGUGUGAAACAGCAAAAUAGAAGCUGUUGAAGUAGAAAAGAAAAAGUGCAUUCGCUAUCUCAUUGCAGUUUUGUGCUGCAUUGUACACCGUCCGUUCAGUGAUUUUCAUUAUCUACGUAGUUAAUUGCAGUAAUUCCGUGCUUAUUAAAAAUAAUUCAAAAUUAAUUUCCGGCGCAUAAAAAUAUUUUCAAAGCUGGAUUAUAAUAAAUCCGACGAUAUUGGAUCUCUACAGGAAAAUAAUUCUGGAGUGACCAACAAAAUGGUGAAACGCACCGACGGCACAGAAUCUCCCAUAUUAGCCGAAGCCGAUGCAGAUGGUCAUGACAAACCGCGAGUGCGAUAUGGUGAACUUGUUAUACUGGGCUAUAAUGGUUAUUUACCGCAAGGUGAUCGCGGUCGCAGACGUUCAAAAUUCGUACUUUACAAACGUACAGAGCCGAACGGUGUGAAACGUUCCAAACACUAUAUCGUCCAAUCGCCACAGACAUCGAAAGCUAUAUUAGAUGCCAAUCAGCAUUCAAUUUCGUACACACUGUCACGCAAUCAAGCUGUCAUCGUGGAAUACAAAGAAGACACGGAAACGGAUAUGUUUCAGGUUGGCCGCUCAUCGGAGUCCCCCAUAGAUUUUGUUGUUAUGGAUACAUUGCCCGGUGAUAAAAAAGAUGCAAAAGUCAUGCAAAGUACAAUAUCGCGUUUCGCAUGUCGAAUACUCGUGAAUCGCUGUGAGGCAUCCAAAGCGCGAAUAUUUGCCGCGGGCUUCGACUCAAGUAGAAAUAUUUUCCUGGGCGAGAAGGCCACAAAAUGGCAGGAUAAUGUCGAAAUCGAUGGUCUCACCACAAACGGUGUGCUAAUAAUGCAUCCAAAGGGUCAGUUUUGCGGCGGCAAUGCCAAGUGUGGACUCUGGCGCGAAUGUUCCGUCGGCGGCGAUGUGUUCAGUCUGCGCGAGUCGAGAUCGGCACAGCAAAAGGGACAGCCGAUUUACGAUGAAUCCAAUGUGCUGCAAGAUGGCACACUGAUCGAUCUGUGCGGUGCCACGCUGCUUUGGCGUUCAGCCGAAGGCCUACAACAUUCACCGACCAAGCGCGAUUUAGAAAAGCUAAUUGAUGAAAUCAACGCUGGGCGUCCGCAAUGUCCGGUCGGUUUGAAUACCUUAGUUAUACCUAGAAAAGUGAAUAUUGGUGAUCAAGUGAAUCAGCCUUAUGUGUACUUAAACUGUGGACAUGUUCAGGGUCAUCAUGAUUGGGGCCAGGAUAAGAGUACUGGCGCCCGUCGCUGUCCCAUGUGCCUCGAAGUUGGUCCGGUCGUUACGCUUUGUAUGGGUCUAGAACCGGCCUUUUAUGUUGAUGUCGGUGCACCUACGUUCGCUUUUAAUCCAUGUGGCCACAUGGCGACUGAGAAGACAGUCAAGUACUGGGCCAAUGUUGACAUACCACAUGGCACGAAUGGCUUUCAGGCGGUUUGUCCCUUCUGUGCGACGCCACUGGACGGUUCAUCCGGUUACAUUAAGUUGAUUUUCCAAGAUAAUUUAGAUUAAAUUACAUAAUUACUAUUAUUAUGUUUAAAUGUAAGCAAAGCGCAUAUAUUUUGCAAGAAUGCAAACUAGCAAUGUUGCAGUUUAUCAGCCCUUUUAUAUGCAUUAGUACAUAUGUAUACAUUUAUAUAAGUGUAUAUAUACAUAUGUAUACACAAUUGUAAUUACAAGAGUUGUACGCUGAGGCGGAGCUUUUUGGCAAAUGUCGUGCGAAAGUGAAGUUAGUGGCGUAGAGUAAUGCUACUAUUGUAAUGAUUAUACAAUUACUUUUUUAAUUUAUAUUUGAGAAACUUCUCCCCCACAAAGAAAGCAUUGGCUGAUAAGCUUUAACAUACAUACAUUUAGUUUAUUUGCCACACACACACACACAGGCAACAACAAUUACAAAAUUUUAUUUCAAUUAUAUAAAAUGAAAGAAAUUUAUAUAUAAACACAUAUACAUAUACAUACAAACACACACAUAUACAUGGCACUAAAAAACGAGUGAAAAGCGAGAAAGUACUACAAAGAAAGUGAGCAAAAUGAAAAAUGAAAAAUGAAAAUAAAAGUGCAUAAUUUUUUGUUUGUGUGUUGGCGUUGUGCAACUGCUGCACCGUUAUUAGGGUUCGUAAAGCCAGCUGUAGUGGUAUUGGAUUGUAAUGAAUUGUAAAGAAAUAACAAGAAAUUAAGUUAUGUAAAAUUUAUAAUAAAACUAAAAUACAAAACCGUAAA